AGAAUAGAAAUUCCAGAAUGUAAGGGGCACCCUAGGGUUCAGGUCCCGGAGGAUACAGGGCCAGGGGCUGAGGGUGGUGGACACAGGCUGCGGCGCCCAGCAGGCCUCUCAGCAUGGUGUUGGAGCUUUACCUGGACCUGCUGUCCCCGCCUUGUCGCGCUGUUUACAUCUUUGCCAGGAAGAACGGCAUCCCCUUCGACUUCCAGUUUGUGGACCUGCUCAAAGGUCACCAUCACAGCAAGGAAUACAUCAGCAUCAACCCCCUGAGGAAGCUGCCCUGCCUCAGAGAAGGAAAAUUCAUCUUAUCUGAAAGCGUGGCCAUCCUCUUCUACCUGUGCCGCAAGUACAGCGCCCCAUCACACUGGUACCCGCCUGACCUGCACACGCGUGCCCGUGUGGAUGAGUUCAUGGCCUGGCAGCACACGGCCAUUCAGCAGCCCAUGAGCAAGAUACUUUGGGUCAAGCUGCUGAUCCCGAUGAUCACAGGAGAGGAGGUUCCGGCCGAGAAGACGGAGGAGAUGCUGGAAGAGGGCAGCAAUAACCUGACACUGUUUGAGGAGAAGUUCCUGCAGAACAAGCUGUUCAUCACGGGUGACCACAUCUCGCUGGCCGACCUGGUGGCACUGGUGGAGAUGAUGCAGCCCAUGGGAGCCAGCCACAACGUCUUCCUCAGCAGCUCCAAGUUGGCCGAGUGGCGCAUGCGCGUGGAGCUAAGCAUCGGCUCAGGCCUCUUCUGGGAGGCGCAUGACAGGCUGGUGAAGCUGGGCGAGUGGGAUUGCUCCAGCUUGGCUCCCUCCGUCAAGGAGAAGAUCUGCGAGUUUCUACGGAAGUACAAGUGACCCUUAUGGGCAGCUCCCCACCCCAAUCCACGCAUCCAGGCGAGCUGCGCCCUCCCAGUCUCUGUUUUAUUGAGGGGCAGGGUGCAGUUGGAGAGGAGAUGCUCAAAACACAAUAGUGUCUUUGCUUAAUAAAAAAUGGA